AUGGCGGAAAUCUACGGAAACGCAGUUCUGGUGAUCGCGGCUGCUGAUUCCAACAGUGUUGAGGAAGGCUUCCUCUCUACACCACAGCUGCCACGAGAACUCGUCAAAUUCCAAUCUUCGGCAUUGGGAAGUCUGGAGAAUGGGAGCGAAGGAACUGGCUUGAGCGUGUUUGCCAGAGCUAUGCUGGUCCACAGUUGGCUUGGCUGGUCCACAUUGGCGGAACCAAAAUCCCACGGGACACUGAGCCGCAGCUGGUGUUUCCAAGAGGAAGUCCUUGCAUCUCGACUCCUCACCUUUUUUGGAGGCGAGAUGAACUUCCAAUGUCUUGAAGACGAAUACCCAUGCGAAUGUGCAUUCCCCGCCGCACCCCUGGGCCUUGUCACGAUCAAGGAGCUGUACGAGCCUCGCUUGGAACUAGGCGAUAUGGAAACUCCAAACUGGAUGUGGCAGAGUACCGUCGAGCACUACACCCGACGGAAGUUGACGGUGGCCACCGACAGGCUUACUGCACUAUCUGGAGUCGCCCGGGUCGUGCAGUCAAGUCUCCGAACAAAGUACGCUGCCGGUCACUGGCUAGAUCGCGACUUUCUGUGCAGCUUGUGUUGGGCGCCUGUAAGAAACAGGGAAACCGAGCGUACCUACUCACAAGAUUACGUUGCUCCGUCGUGGUCUUGGGCUGCCCAUAACGGACCUAUCACCAUGUGGAUCCCUUAUCGCGGUUCGGAAGAGCCAGUCACUCCGCGCUUUCUCAGUAAAACCGUUGUCCGCAAUGUCGGCAUCAUCCCAGCAACAGAAGAUGAAACGGGCGCGGUGAUUGGGGGAGGUAUAACUGUUAGCGGCGUCUUUCUCGACAUUUCGGUGCUCAUGACAUCACGAGAUCAAUCCGCAGGCGUCAUGAACGCCAGGGCCAUGUAG